AUGGUAACAAAGAAGCGAAAAAGUCGGAAGGGGACUCGUCACCAGGAGCCGGAAAAGACAUCUCCCCGCGACUCCAAGCCACAGAGCGCCGAUGGCACAGACGACGAUGAUCAAACCAUCAAGACUAGUCAGGAGGAAUGUGAAGAAAAGGGCGCCGACACUGACCAUGUGGAAGACGAAGACGAAGACAAUGACGAAGACGAUGACAAAUUCGAGGUAGCUUCUCUUUACCCAGCGAGCCAGUUCCCCCGUGGCGCGAUGAGCACCUACAGAUCAGGUGGCGGCCAUUUUGUUAUGGGGGAUUCACGAGCGAUGGCUUCAGACCUAGCGUCCACUCGAUCUCUAUGGACCAUGGACCUGGACUAUCGAGAGCUUCAUGGUCGUAGGUAUUGUCGCGACUAUUACAUGCCAAACGAUGAGCUUGAGCAGCUGCGUGCGACUUUGCUCCAUCAAGUUUUCCUCCACAUUUUCGAUGGAGAACUCACUCUUGCCCCGCUUGAGGAGCCGCCGACGCAUAUUCUCGAUGUUGGAACCGGCACCGGAGAUUGGGCCAUCAGGAUGGCAGAGAUGUAUCCGGAAUGCGAGGUUGUAGGCACCGACAUAUCCGCCAUUGCGGAGACCGAGAGCGUUCCUGUCAAUGUGUUUUUCGAAAUCGAAGAUGCUGAAGACUGGGACAGGCCGCCAGAUCAUUAUGAUAUGAUCCACAUGCGCUAUCUGAUGGGGUCAUUCCGCGACUGGCGUUUCGUUUACGACUGCGCUUACUACUCGCUCAAGCCUGGCGGAUGGAUAGAGGUGAUUGAUUUCGAAGGGUUUGACGGCACUAUUUGUAUCGACCAUUUCCCGCCCGAAUCUCCUAUCCAUUCGUUGUUCAAGGAUAUCCACAAGGCUGCAGAUCUGGCAGGCCGAAAUUUGUCCAUGGAUCACCUAGAUGCCUUACAACUAUGGAAUGCGGGCUUCGUGGAUGUUAGAGUGAUGGAAUAUUCUCUCCCCAUGGUGUUUGGUGAACCAUCUGUGGACAAGCUUUGGGUAAUGGGUCUGAUUGAUGGCAUUGAAUCAUCGGCUUUGCGCCUCCUCACCGAACAUCUUGGAUGGGACCCCGAGGAGUGCAAGGCCGUCUGCGAGCAGGUAGCCAGGGAGAUUGCAAAUUUAUCGAGAAAAGACUCCGCCAAAGACCUUGUUAUUAAGCUUCGACUCGCCAUAGCACGGAAGCCCGUUCAAGCGCCAAAAUCAGAGGCUACUUGGCCGGCAGAAGAACCUCUAAGUCUUAGGCCCCGGAAGGAGGAGGGAACUACAGAAACUGAGCCUAGGCAAGACGAAGUGCCUCCGUCAAGUGACGACAUAACGGAGCCCCAUCCUUUGCGCGAUGCCGUACUGAUUGACACACAUUGA